UCAUCAUGGAGUUCAUUGUGUUGUUUGUUUUAUCUGUGGUCUCCUCCCUGGCCGUCUCAUAAAGAUUUGUAAUAAUGUUGAUAACUCAUUCUCUCUCUGUUUCUCUCCACAGGCAGGAGGUUCAGGAGAACUGUGUUUGCUGGCGAAAGAAGUUCUCCUUUGUGUGUAAGAUGAGUGCCAGUCCUGCCACGGGGGUCCUGGACCCCUGCAUUUGCCGAGUGUCUGUGCGUAAGGAACUUAAAGGUGGAAAGGCUUUUUCAAAGCUGGGCUUUGCUGACCUCAACUUAGCGGAGUUUGCUGGUUCAGGCUCCACUGUUCGCUGCUGUAUACUAGAGGGCUACGACACCAAGAACACUCGGCAGGACAACUCCAUACUCAAAGUUACCAUUGGCAUGACUCUUCGCUCUGGAGAUCCCUGCUUCAAAACGCCUGUGAGCACAGCUAAGACCAUUGCCAUAGCCGGGCAGGACCCCUCUCUGCAGCUGGACCGCAAGGGAGAGGGCACCGCCGACCACUCUGCACCGGCCCUCGGUGGCAGCACUCGCCGAUCGGUCAAAAGCAGACCAUCUGUGAACAACUCUGGAGGACUUCAGGAGGGAUUGGAGGAGAACCUGUCAAGUCCAGAUGAAGUGUUUCACACGGGACAUUCUCGCAACUCCAGCUUUGCCAGCCAACAGAGCAAAAUCUCAGGUGGGACUCAGGGCACGAUCAAAAGAGCAUCAGGUACAGAUUAUAGCUGGUUACAGUAUAAAAAACAACUUCAAACUACACUUCCAUCUUAAUUUGAACAUUUUCUGAAAUUAAAAUUAAUCAUUUAGAUUUACAACUGAAUAAAUUCUUUAGCAAUUUACAAUAUGAUACAGGAGCCAAGAGUAAUACAGA